AUGGAAUACAAAAAUGCGACAAAUUUGACAUCAGUGGCAGCGGGCACAAAUUGCUCGUUCGUGUUUAAUAUUCCGAAAGGAUUAGUUGUAACACUCAAGUUCGCAGCGCGAUAUAGUAUUGCGAAAAACGAAUCAUUGACUUAUACAGAUGCUAGUGGAACUGUCUACAAGGUUCGCGAACCUGUGAACAACGCAAUCGCUUUUGGAACCGCACCAAAAGUUUCAAUAGGAGUUACAAGUCGAACAGAUAAUUUCCAGUUAUACAUUACAUAUAAAGCUAAACAAAUUGCACCGCUUCGAACAGAAAAACGACAUUCUGGAGACAUAGUAUCAUUAGGACUUCUGCAGACUAAUUUUGUAUCGAUCCAAUCAAAUUUGAAUUACUUUCCAACGUUGAGUGCAGACUGUACUGAUGAAAAUUAUGAGCUCGAGCUUGGUCAAAUUAUGGUUUUUGACGGAGCCGAUCCGAUUAAUGGAACAUUUUUGGGAACAUUGACCGCAUUUCUCAAAUACAAUCCAAAACCAAGUUCAAAUGUUAUUUCGCUUACUACCUUUUAUAAAAGCAAUUUCGCUGGAGAAUGUUAUGUUCUCGCAGAUGACAACUCGACUGUUGCAAAUUAUGGAAGCCACUCAUUAGUAGUAACAAGAAAAGGUGGAAAUUUAUCUGCAAAACUUAAUGACUAUUCGAAUAAUGGUGCCUUGUACACAGUUUACUGCACAAAUUGCUACGAGUUUUACAUUAAAAAUGUGACUUUCGACUCAUUGGGAACAUUUAAUACGGGCUAUUUGAACUUUAGAGGAAUGACGCCAACGCAUAAAUAUCCUGGACUUCUUCAAUAUGUUGUUCAAAAUUACACUGAUAACCAAAUGCCACAAUUGAUUCCAAGCCAGACGUUCACACUUCUUGUUUACAUGUCAAAAGUCAAUAUAAUGUUUUCAACAUUCGAUGAUGGUAAUUGGCUAAAACCAUACGAUGAACGAACCGGCUUCAUAUUUGCACCAAGUGUAUGGAAUCAUGCUUCAUCAAAAUCAUACGAUUAUAAUUUCAAUGAUAGCACGGGAACACAUAAGUUUACUGUUGACAUGGGCAAUAUGAAAUUCUUGCCUGGAGAUAGUUUGAGUUUAAAAAUCGGGCCGAACAAUGGAAAUGAAGCUGUCGACAAUAAAUAUCCACAGGACAAAAGUUCAAAUGGAAUCGUUGAGGCAAUCGGAAACCAUAUGAGAGUUCAGUACCAAGGAACCUCGCUGGAUUCAUAUAUUAAAUUUAAAAUUGGCAAAUCGUCUUUCUUUGUAAGCGUUCUCUCAGCAUUUGCUCUUGCUCUCUUCAAUGCUCUCCGAUUUUAA